GGCAGCUCGUCGAAACAUCAACUCUCCUUCUCAACCCGGCCAUACCCUACGAAGUAUCGCCAACUCCGUCCUCUACUCGUAUCUUGUCGCGCGCCCAUCCCAAGGCCAAUUGCACAUCGCGCCCCAUCCCCAUCCCGAAAACACGGCCUAAUCCUCCCGGAUUCACGUCUAAGCCCUCCCUACGACAACUCCGAAUCCGCCUCGACUAGAACGUGCCGUUUGCCAGGAUGGGCAACACGACCAGCUCCGUGCUGGACAACAUCGUGCAGGGGUCCAAUUUCGACCGAGAUGAGGUAGACCGGCUAAGAAAGAGGUUCAUGAAGCUCGACAGGGAUAAUUCGGGCACCAUCGAACGAGAAGAGUUUCUUAGCUUACCGCAAAUAUCGUCGAACCCGCUGGCCACGAGGAUGAUAGCGAUCUUCGACGAGGACGGAGGAGGCGACGUCGACUUCCAGGAGUUCGUGUCGGGGCUGAGCGCCUUCAGCAGCAAGGGCAAUAAGGAGCAGAAGCUGCGGUUCGCGUUCAAGGUGUACGACAUCGACCGGGACGGCUACAUCAGCAACGGCGAGCUGUUCAUCGUGCUCAAGAUGAUGGUCGGGAGCAACCUGAAGGACCAGCAGCUGCAGCAGAUCGUCGACAAGACCAUCAUGGAGGCCGACCUCGACAAGGACGGCAAGAUCAGCUUCGAGGAGUUCACCAAGAUGGUCGAGAGCACCGACGUGAGCAUGAGCAUGACUUUAGAUCAGUUCUAGACGCCUCGACGCUAUACCGCACGCGCAGUUCCGGUUACGGUAAUGAGUCAUAAGAUUAGGGAGGGAGGUGAUCCCCCCCCCCCCCCCCCCCCGAUCCUCUCUCGCGAGAGAGGGGGA